AUGCUUGGGCAUCCUGUAGAGCGUGCGGAUGUAUAUGUAAAACUCCAUCUUCAUAAAGAUGGUACUCCAGUUAACACCGUAGCAAAAGGCAACAUUGAAAAAAUCAACGAACUGUUGAGUGAGUCCUCAAAUCGUGUGCAAUCAUCUGACCUUACUGGUAGUAUUCCAUGGGCACCAGAUGAUGUAUAUGCUCAAGUGUUUGGUAAUGAGCGCAAUGGUCGUGUUCGAGGUGUGGGAUUUGGCCCAACUCCAAGUAUGCAUCCUGCCAAGAGCACUCCUACAAUUGCUCAAGUAAGAAGCCAAGAAAGGGAUGCUGAAGUGACUCAGUUAAAGAAUCAAGUGGCUUCUUUGAUGGAGAAAGUGAAUCGUUAUGAAAACUUGGAGGAGCGAAUGACCCAAUUGAUGCAACUAGUGCAAAAUCAGCAAAAUCAUUCUUCAGAAGCUAGUCGAGGUGGUUUCGGUUUAGAUCAUCAAUCUCCAACUCCUUACAGGUCACAGGCUUCAUCCCAUCAAGAAACUAGCAUAUAG